CUAGGAAGAAUCAAUUUGUAUGCUGCCAUGCUAAGUAUAUUCAACGAAGGCAAAUGUUAGGAUUAUGAAUGGCCACAGUCGAGCUGAAAGGAAGCCUAGUUACAUGGAGGCAGUACAUAAUUCCACAACAGAGGAACCAGUAAAGUUGAAAAGCCUUAAAAGGAAUUCAAGUUCUAGCGAUUGUGAGGCGGCUGUAAAGGCAAAUUCAGUUUCUGGUGAGUAACACCUUCAAAACAAUCCGGGUUGAUACAUCGGCUGAUGAUAAUUUAAAUCACUCGAGGUUUUCGAAGGGUUUGUCGGUUUUCGUUAAUAUGGGAAAAUAAAACAAAGCCAUUCGAUUCCUAUGAUUUUAACGUAUGCAAGGGUAGUAAAUGUUCGAAACAGAUAUUAAUUAAUUCGAAUUUUGUUUCCGCGUGAUUUAACAGACGUUAACAAAGAGAUGUUUUUCUAAGAAAAAUUUUCUCAUAUAUUGAAUUUUUGACCCCAAUUUAGAUAACUGCCAUCAACCACUGAUCGACAUUGGUAUGAUUCACCACAGUUCUUGCUCCCGCUUUUUUUAAAUUUGUAAACUAUGUUCUUUAUUGAAAGAUGCCACCCACAUUCAUCUCAUGGCAGUUUUCGCGUGACCAAGCUCAUUUUAAAGGGAUAAAACGAAGUCGUAAAUUCAUUCCAGCGUCAGUUUAGUGGAUAAUACUAACGGUGUCUCACAUCCUUCAUCAUGUUGAAUGAUAAAAAUAAACUCAUUGCGUUCAACCAUGUGCGAACAACAGGUUCUUAGAGUUACAACAUAGCUUAAAGGUGGCAGUGAACCGUGAAUAAUUUCCAUGACUAAAUCUCGCCCUCUAAUGCUAUCAAAAAAUUGUACAUGGAUGUCUGAAGUCAUACCUCGUUUUCUUUCAACAGUUCUUACUAAUCGCACUUUUAGGACAACGUCGAGUAAGGAGUUAAAGACCGCAUACAACAGAAAUUUCUUUUUCCAUGUUUUCCUGGUCGCCAUAGUAACAUGUCAGCUAUUUUGAAAAUCAUUGUCUUAUUUUUAUCAUCUUGCCUUUAAGUUUGUUACCAAAAAAAAAAAAAACUGAAGGCAAUAUACGAUGUUUAAAAGGUGCGCAUAAUUCUUUAAAUAAGUUUUAUGUAGUCUAAAAAUGGCAAAUAAUUUGCAUAAGACAAAUCAUGUUUCGAACCCUCAGUGGAACCACCAUUAACCUCCUGAGUACAGGCAAGUGGCCGGGAGCCUAUCCUGAAAAAGCUUAUUAAUGGUGCUUUGUCUCCCUGUAGAGUUAAGUCCACACAAAUAUGGAAACAUAAUCUUUAGCAAAAACGUCAUGUUUCUUUGAAAGAAUCAAGCGACAGGAGCGGCAUUACUGGUCCACAAUCAGUGGUCACCUUCUAUUUCGGACUGUCAUGCCCAUCUUUGUGGUUUACGGCCGCGAGCCCGUGAUAGAUUUCUUUUACCAGAAGCGUAGAGUGAAAAAAUAAAUAACUAAAUAGAGCGCUAUAAAAGAAGCUGAAAAAGUCACGUUCCAGAUUUUCGCUAUGAUUUUCCUUCAUCUUUAUAUUAAAAUUUGGCCAAUCUAAAAAGUGCAUCAAGAGCGUGAUCAGGGUGGCAAAGGUGGUACCUAUCACGCAUCACGCCGGUUUUUUUUUUAAGAGCUAUCACGCCUCACGGAAAAAUAAAACACUGAAUAUUGACUACAUUGACAAGUAUCCUAAUAUCAUUUGAUCCUGAGGAAAUCAGAGCUCGAGGAACGAGAAAAAAGGGCAAGAAGUUGGUGUCAUAACAAUCUAUUUUUAAUGUCUCUGCUUCUAGUUUCAAAUGAUAUUAACCAUCACGGAAAUUUCAACGGAAAAUCACGCGUCAGGCGUAAGGUGAAAAUAGUAUGUAAAUCACGCAUCACGCUGCAAUGUCCAAUCACGCCUCAAGCGGCUGAUUUGGGUCCGAUCACGUAUUUGGAUCCCAUCACGCGUCACGGAAAACCCCUGUGCGACCCUGUGUGAUGGCCACUGAAUAGAAAAGUUGGCCGCAGCGGCCUAAUAGCUAGAGAGUGGCCGCCUGAUAGAGGUUCAACUGCAUCUUCACAUGAAUCGAACCAAGUCGAUUGCAAUACGGCGUCUUCUGUCGAGUCAGUUCGUUAUUUUCUAUAGUCCUGAAGGUAGCCGAGAAACUUUAUUUUUACUCUUCGAAGUAAAAACUGUGGGAAACUCGUAGAUAUAUAUUUUAGAAAAUAGAUAGAUCAUGCUAUAAAAUAAAUUUAAGAAUUAAUUUUAGCCAAGCAGCCGAGUAUGCCUUUUAAAAACAUCUAAUAAUGCUGAUACUACUAAUUGAAAUACUCAUAAACUUCAGUCAUGCGAUGAUGCAAAGUUUAGUUAUUGAACAUAGGGUUUGUCGCAUUCAAUAUAGUAAGGGUUGGAUCACAGAGCAGUAAUUCUUUUUUUUCUUCCUGAAGGUAUUGAAAGUCCUUUAGAUACAUUUGUUGUCAGCUCUGAUGUGGGGAAUGUUGAUCAAGAACAAAACUUCCCUACCAGAAGCCAGACAUGGAGGGAUUUUUCGGAAAACUCAACCCUCCAUGGUUUUAAAUAUAUUUUUGUGAGAAGACCAUUUUGGGCACGUGUGGUUUGGCUUAUUCUGUUAAUGACUUGCACUGGGUAUGUCAUAUAUUCUCUCUGCAACAGCAUCAUAAAGUACUUCGACUUUCCGAUUGCUACAAUCAUGAAAAUAAAGUACCCGGAUGACACAAUGCCCUUCCCGGCAAUAACUCUAUGUCCCAUGACAAUGAUAUCAAAACGUAAAGCAUCAAUGAGAGACGAUGAUCCCAAUUUUAUAAAGCUUGGACUCAACAUAGAAGCUUGCGAGGCAACUGCGAGUGUCAGGGCAGGGCGACCUUGCGGAGAAGCACUCCUAUGCUGUUGUUUCAGCAGCGAUAUCAUCCUCGAUGUCGAGACUACUAUAGACAACUGCACUGAAGACUACAAAAAUGAGCUAAAGGCAGUUCUCAACAGUGACAAGAGAUUAUUUAACCUAAGGGAUUUUUAUAAGGCUUAUGGCCUCGAUUUAAGCAGGAUGAUCGUGCCAGAAACAUGCAAGUUUGGGUCGUCAGACAAACCGUGCACUUACAGGAAUUUCACUGAAGUUGUGACAAACUUUGGAAAGUGUUAUUCAUUCAACUCGGCUCCUGGUGACGAUGUAUUGCAAGUGUCUUACGGUGAUCUAUCAGCUGGCCUGUUUCUGAUGCUUAACCUCCACACUGAUGACCAUCAGUUUGGUUUGCUUUCUGAAGGGAUCAGAGUGCUUGUUCACAAUCAGGGAGAAUACAUCAAUCCGUGGAACAGUGCGCUGGUGGCUCCGGGGUCUCAUGCUCAGAUCAGUAUCAAAAGAAAAGUGGUGAGUAGGAACUAGUAAAUAUUUUUAGCUAAAGAUUAAUUACAGGUGAUGUGACUGAGACAGUUGCUCUUCACGUUUAAGGGUUGACCUCUGGGUUUCCUUUAUGCUAUUUUUGAAAUAAAGUAUUCUAUAAACUAUUGAAGAUUUAAACGAAGGUCCAUCAAUAUGGAAAUGGCAGCGUUUUUUUACUAAAUGUUAAAACAAUCAAACUUCAGGGGCACCUAACGAGAAUAUAGUUCAAAACUACUUAAACAUAGCAUUAUUAAACUUAAAUUAGUAUUUAAACAGUAGAUAUAGGCACAUUUUUAUCCCCUAAAAAGUUUUCAUCCGUUCAGAUUUCCUAGCUGAAAGUCUAGUGAUCUGAAAAUUGCAAGGAUCAAGACUUGCCUUUUCGAAAAUUUCAGCCAGAAAAAAGGGUCCCGAAAUUUCUAGUUGACCUUUUUAGUCUAAAAUUCGUUAAAAAUGGGCAAUUAUACCAUUUUUUAGAUGUUCGAAAAUCCUGGGAGAGGGAGGCAAGCAAGAAAUUUUACCACAAAAGUUCCGAAAAUUCUAGAUCUCAAAUCGUCUUUCGAACACAUAUUUUCCGAAGAUUGACGUUCGGGUACUGCCCCUGAAUCUAACGCAGUCUGGGCUCCUGGAGUCCACGCUGUGGAUUCCGGAUUCCAUGUACUGGAUUCCGGAUUCCAAUCAUUCCAAAAUUCCGUUUAGAUGGGACGAGAGAUGUCCUAACCCACCCCCAAUGAGGUUGUCUAUCUUCAGUAAUAAAACGAGCGAUUUUCGUUGAGAUUUCAAAUAGCCGUUGUCACAUAAGAGAGGAUCUUGUGGGGAUUUGCUGCUGCAAAGAUUGUCGUAGUUUCAAAGUUGUCGGGGCGAUCUAUUAAGCAGUAAAUUUCUGCGAGUUAGUGCAUGGUGCAUUAUCCUGGUUACUGUCACCGCUGCUUGCACGAAAGCUGGAACAUUCAGUCCGCCAUAAAAUAGCCACAAAAUCGGUAAGAAAUUGCUCAAGAAAUAUCGCCUGUGUAAAUGGGUUUCUACAAGGGUUGAUUACCUCAUAAGGUUGUCUACUUAUCUUAUAACGGAGUUCAGUUUGUAAGAGUUCGACUAAUUACGAAAGUGCAUGUCUUCACAGUGUGAGUGAUUGGCAUAUGCGCAUAUCGAAGUACCUGCAAAAGCUCACAGAUACCGUUCGAGCAUCGACGAGUUAAAAGGGAGAUAUAGAACGUGGAGGAAGUUACUCCCUAGGUUAAUUCAACUAAUUAGCUUCCGUAUUUUUCUUUGUAGUACCGAAACAAAAGAACUCCAUACGAGACAGAGUGCGAUGAUUCUACAAAGCUGACCAAUUUUCAGACUUACACGUCAGAUGGUUGUUAUUACGAGUGCCUCUCAAAAAAAACCCUGGCAGCAUGCAAGUGCAGGGAUAUUGGUGAUAACAGUAAGGGUGUCUGUCUCAUAAUCUGUUGUUAUAGUGUAAUUUCGACUUUAACCGAGAACCGCAGUGUACGGCGGCGGGCUCACAUAACAUUUUUAAAUUUCUGGUAAACAAAUUAGUGCAUUUGCCAGGAAACAUGCCCUCUACCAACCGGCGGCUGGUAUGUUUUCGCCUGCUCGAUUGUUUAGGAAUUAGCCAGUUUAUUCAAUUUCAAUUAGAAAUUACUUUAGGCAUGUUUAUGUUUUGCCAUGUGAGUGUUUUUAACACGUGCAUGGCAUUAGUUCCCAUUCCUCAUCUUUCUCGUUAUUAUAUAAUUCAAAGUAAGUUAACUAAUCAAGGUUUGCUAAGAUAGGUAAUCGGUAAUAAAUAGGCUACGGUAGGUAUACUGGAUUUUUGUAUUUAUUUAAGGAGUCUGAAAUUUUACACUUUUUCGUGUCUUAGGCAAUUCUGCUGACCGAGUUUGUUCUCGAGAAGACCAAUAUUGCACUUAUAAAGUGUACAAUGGUAAGUUUCUCGGCAACACGUCAGAAUUGACUAACUGGAUUGUUUAUUGAUGAUACUCUUAAUGAACAUCAUACACUUAUUAAUGACUUGCUAUUGGGUACGCUGCUAAAUUACGCUUUUAAGCUGACAUUUUCUUAUUUUUUUAAAUUCUGUUACCACCUAAGAGUUUUUUCUUUUUUUAUUUUCUAUCCACACCGUUUGGUAUCAAUACAUAAGAGAAAACUUGUGUUCCUCGAAGUAAUGGCACAUUGUCAUCUGUCAUAUAUCGAAGAUAAGACGUGUUUGAGACAAAAACUUAAGUAUCUACCUGCCCACUGGGGACGCAGUCUGAAGUUGUAUGGUAUUUCGGUUAUUUAUUAGUCUUAUGUUGUUAUGCCUUGCCAGAUGUGCUACAUGAAGGAACAGAUACAUGUCAUUGUCCUCUUGCUUGUGACGUCACAGUUUAUGAGCCAACAAUUUCAACUGCAGCAUUUCCAAAUCCUUCCAUGGUGAAAAUCCUACAACGCAAACGCUUCAAUCGAAGUGAGGAUUAUUUUAGGUACGUCAAAAAUUUAAGAUCCGAAGAAAAAACUCAUUGAAAAUACUUUGAGUAAUUGCGUAAAGGCUGUGAUGUAAGAGCGCCAUACUGUAUUGGUUUCCCCGUGGCGAGGUCUGACGGAACUACAGUCACGUGGCGACUCAAAGUUUGCAGAUGGAUAGACAGUAGUCUUUUUACUCAUGGUAUGAAGAGCGCUAUGGUGCCUGGAGCUACCCAGAACACACUGACUCGGUUUCGGGAAUAAUUCCAACCCUACCUUUGGAAUUUGUUAGUGAGCCUGAACCAGAAACCGAUUCCUGCCUGAAGCAAGUCACAUUUAUUUAUUUUUUUCAUGAUGAAUUGAAGUAAUGUUUUAUUUUUUUUGCCAAUCUCUUAUCCCUCAGAAACCGUCAUCAAAUGGCGAACCUUUCAUUUUCCUAUCCACAGAUCCCAUACUUGUUGUGAGAACUCCGGGUCCAAAGUUUGUUCUUUCGAUAAACACCUGAUGCCAGGUGACUAUGACGCAGUCUGGACCAAUCAUAGACUUUUUUUUAUGGUCGCUCUUUCUCUAUCCAUAGCCAGGCUCCUUCUGUAGGUACUGAGACACAGAUUCCGUGCAACAAAAGGAACAAUGCCAGUGACGAAUCCAGACCUUCAGAUAACGGGGGGAAGGGGAGGAGGGAGGGAGAGCAGUCUCCAAGAAAAAAAUUUUUCUGCCCUUCGGGCCUCAGUUUGUUCUAAAAAUAAGGGGUGGGGGGGGGGGGGGCACCCCGGGCCCCUCCUCUGGAUCCGCCACUGAAUACCUUCAAAGAAUAAUGCCCCCAUGAGAACUCUACUGUGCGGCUCCUUUGUUUCUUUAUGAUGACGGUACCUGCAGAAAGGCCCCAUAGCCAGGGCUCAUCGGUACCAACGCUUUACUCGGUGAAGAAGAUACUUUAUAAAUGCUCGUGUAUUGACUUCAAGAAAAGAUUUUAAUACAAAUACAUUGAGGUUAUAAUGCAAUAAAAAAUAUAAUUUACAAAAUAUAAUGUACAACAAAUAUCCUGUAGAGGCGAAACACCUCUAAUUAAUUCAUUACUGAUUUCUCCAAAAAUUUAUUUGCUGUUACUUCAACAGGCUGAUAGUUUGAUUUUAUUUUUUAAUGAAUAUCUAGAAACUCCUACUUUAUAUAUUUGUUGCUCGCUGACCUUUGUUUUAAAACUGUAACCAACCAUCGUUAAGACCAACACCAUAAAACAACUUCCACUGCGCCGUAUUAAAUUUUUCUGUUUCGCCCUCGACACUUUCUUUGUAUUUCAUAGCACUACGCAGGACGUAUGGCACAGCAAUAAAAACGUAAUGUAUUAGCUCGGUAUAAAUGUCUCGUUUGCUUUACUUGCGUGUUUUUAACGUACGCGACUACUUCAUUCCGCGCGUGCUUUUGGCAGAGACGAAUAUUUCUCGAGACCUCCCGAUUACGAAUAUGAAUCCGUCUUCACCAAUCGGGGUUACCAUGCAGAACUGCUCUGCCACCACAAGGCGCUUCGGAGAAAGAACCUGCCAACUAAGCAGGGGAGAGGUUCAGUGCUCCUCGGAGCUUGAACAGCAAUCGGUGUCUUCCAUGGGUUUUCAUGUGAUGAGAGACUCGUUACAUUUACUUGUUGUCCCACUCUCCGUCAUUUAUCUUUUUUUUUUUUUUCAUAGGAAGAACCUGGUCUACCUUCAAGUUGGGUACAAAACCUUCAGUUACGAACUUUUCAGACAGAAAGCUCAAUAUGACAGCGGCGCGCUAAUGGGUAAGAAUAUAAAUACAGUCGACCCUCCAUAAGAGACCCUUUCUCGUAAGCGAUCACUCAUCCAAAACACCAAAAUUUCAACACCCAGCCAAAGCCUCUCUGUUGAACCUCUCGUCAAACAAUUACCUUAAAAACGACUACCCUACCCGAAGACUUGGAGGUCACUUAUCGCAGUUUCCUCCGCAUCAUAUUUUAAGUUGAAUUUCGGUAGGAAUGUAACAGAGUUAAUGACACAUUGCGACUGGAAACGGCCAUGUCGAAGAAUUUUAAAUUUCUCUUGCAGAGUUUUAAGGCUCCCUGAUUUAGUACAUAAUAAUGACUGGCUCCAAUCCCUCGACUAAUUCUUCAUACCAACCGACGAACGUUGACCAGAAGAAGAAGAGGACGGUGCGGGCAAUAUACCAUCUAUUUCACGGUAUAUUUGACUGGGAACGAGGUUGAUCGAUGGUAUAUUUGAUUAGAAACGAGGCUGCACGGGCAAUAGACUGUCGAUCAACUUCGUUUCCAGGCGCGGUGGCCUAGUUAUUUAUUCUCGAGUGGACAAAAAAAAUGGCGUUCACGGCUAUCCGAAGACGAAAUAGCUGAAUUUUUUACUGAAACUGAACGGAAGAAAAGCAAGAAUGCGCAAAACAUAUAUAUUGCUCGAUGGACGCUUUUUGAGGAGUAUCUGCACGAAAACAUCUGUGUUUACACCCUUGAUCUGCAUGUGUAAUUUUUCAUGCGCAUCCUACUCACCCUCAUUCUAUAAUUGGGGAACAUUUAUCAAGAGAGAAUGAGGGAAGAGAGCGAAUCCUUCGUGUGGACGGACAAAAAGGGAGGUUUUCGAAUACGAUGAUGUCAUGCAUAUCUCAGUGCAUGCCCAGUAAGGGAUGCUAUAGUCCAUUGUACAUGUUUUAUCAGUUUCUUGUGGACGGGCGAAAACGAUGCGUACACGCUAUGUAUGACAAGGAAAAAAAAUCUCCGUUUUCAAAAAUACCUGCAUACAUGUGGAGGAGGCCUUAUUGUAAUGUACUUACGUAUGUUCUGUGCUUUAGGUGAGAUUGGAGGUAACAUGGGUCUGUUCCUCGGUUCCAGUAUUCUGACGAUUUUUGAGUUUGUCGACUUUGUCAUUUAUCUUUGUUCCCGUCGAAACAAGAAAGACAGCUGAUUACACAAGAGAGAGGAUUCACCGGAUUACCCUUGAAUGCUCUAACCAACGCGACACGCUAAAAGGGAAGCAACCACCUCCAUUGUGUUCUUAGGAAUUCAUAAAAAAACGAUUAAUUCAGGGAAUUAAAUAAAUUAAUAAGGUUAAUUUGGUCCCUUGUCUUAAUCUUGUUUUAAAA